AUGGACCCGGGCACUGCUAGCCGCGACGCCGAUCGGGGUGCUGACCAGGCAUCCGCUGAUGGGCUGGUGACGCCUGCUUCCACAGGCGGGGUCAGCGGCGAUAGCGAGCUAGUGACAGGGUUGACGGGCGACGGGGCACGGCUGCUGAUGAAGGUCGGCGAGUCGCCUCAGUUGACAGAGGAGCACCUGCAGUCGGUGCUGCAGCACCUGAGGCCGCAGGGCACACAGCAGCAGGACGCCCUGAUUGCUGGCGAGCUCGUCAGCGAACUUGAUGCAAAGGCCAGCUGCGAUCAGCACACAGGGCUGCCGCCACCGCAGCCUCGCUCGGGGCGCGCCUCACACGACUCGGCAACGGCCUACAGGCCUGCCACUGGCGCCUCCGCAUCCCUUCACGGGGAGGAUGCCAGUGCAGCUGCCACUGACGCCAUGCCACCCACUGCUGCGGUGGGCGCCGCAAUGCCCACGGGCACGCCAUUUUCAAGCGCCGCUGUGCCCCUGCCGGCGGCAGCGCCGCCGAUCUCGUCUCCUGUGCAGCAGCGGGUUCGGCUGCCGCAUGCGCCGGGCCUGGAAUUUGCUGCACUAGCAACGGGCAGUGCCUCCCAGUCGGAGCUCGACGCCGAAGCGGUCGCGGCGGCCGCAUCGGAGGCGGCAGAGCAGGCGGCAGCGCUUUCCAACGCGCUGCAUGCCGUUGCGGCCGCCACCGCCGCGCAGCACCUCCCCGUCGACGCGGCAUCAACCAUCGCCGCGGCGCUGGUGCGCAGUGCUGGCAGCAUCAAAGGGCUGCCUGUGCUGGCCUCUACAUCAGCGUCGGGCGCGCCGUCCGCUGCUGCGUCUGUGGUGGCAGAGUCGCAGGCCGGGGGUGACACGCCCCUCGCCACAGGGACGCCGAUUGCAGGCACGCCUGCCAGCAACGCGGCGGCCGCCGGCGCAGGCAGCGAGUCCGGCGAGGCGGCCGUGCCUGCGGCGGCCGCGGCGGUUAUGGCGGCGCUGGCGAACCUGCCCUCGGGCUUGCCCCCCAGCAGUGUCGUGCCGCGUGUCAAGGGUGCUGCGCCGGCCGCCGCUGCCAACCGGUCAGCCGCGCUGGCGCCGCAGGCAGCCCUGGGUGGGGCUUUGCCGAGCACGUCAGGGGCGACAUCACCGCUGGCCGCCCAGGGGCAGGGCGCGGCGGAGGGUGGCGAGCCCCUGGAGCCACCGCCGGCGCUUCAGCCCAUCAAGACAGGGCGCGCCGCUGCGCGCGGCGGGGCACUGGGCAGCACGCCUCCAGCGACCGGAACGGGCACCCAGGCCGGCCCAGGUCUUGCCACAAGCUCCCCCCUGGCGUCGGCGGUCGCACCCGGUCCCCGCCCACCGCCCACCGAUGCCGUAGCGGCACGCGUCAUCGCGACGCUCUGUGGCGGCGGCUCCGACAGCACUGGCGGCUCAGGCGUCGAGGUGCUGCAGCGUCUACUGGGCUUCCACUCCGAGGACGGCCCGGACCUGUCUGCUGCGCUGCAUGAGAGCGGCCGCAGCACGUCCGAGACUUUCGCGGCGUUCCUCCAUAACCUGGCGGCCAUGAGUGAAGACGCGGCGGAGCUGCACAGCAGCAGCUCUGCGGCAGAGCGUGCAGCAGGCGCGAGUGCGGCGGCGCUGAGCGGGCAGCUGAUGAAGGGGCUCGCAGAGCGGUACGCGCGGAUGUUGGCGGAGAGGCAGGGCGCAACCGCGCGCCAGGCCGCGGCGGCAAUCGCGCAGCAGCAAGCCCAGCAGCUGCAGCAGCAGCAGGAAAUUAAACAUGCGGCAGCGCAGCAGCACGCGGCACCGCAGCAACAGGCCGCAGCGCAGCAGCAGGCGGCAGCGCAGCAGCAGGCGGCAGCGCAGCAGCAGGCGGCAGCGCAGCAGCAGGCGGCAGCACAGCAGGCUAUGGCGCAACAAGCCAUGCUCCAGCAGCAGGCAGUCCAGCAGCAGGUGCUGCUGCCGCAGCCCGCUGCCGCGGCCGUGAUUGACGCUGCGCUGCAGGCACAGGCAGCUCAGCAGGCAGCCGUGCAGCAGCAACAACAGCAGCAUCAGCAGGCCCUGGCCCAGCUGGCUGGCAUAGUGGCAGCACACGGCCCCCAGGCGGCGGCUUCUGUGCCCGCGCUGGCGCACGCGAACACAAAUGUGCUCGCCGCCCUGCUAGAUGCAGCGGGGGCACAGCAGGCUGCCAACCAAAAUGCGGCCGCGCAGGCGUGGGCGCAGCACCUUCAGACCCAGCAGGCACCGCUGCAGCAGCAGCCGGCACCCUCGAGCGAUCUGGUCUCACUUAUGGCGCAGCUGCUAGCACAGCAGCAACAGCAGCAGGUGCAGCAGCAGGUGCAGCAGCAGGUGCAGCAGCAGGUGCAGCAGCAAGCUCAACAGCAGCAAGCUGAACAGCAACAAGCUCAACAGCAGGCGCAGCAGCUGCAGCUGCUCCAGCAGCAGCUACCUGCCCUUGCGAUGCAGGGCGCCCAUGCAAUCGCCCACCAGCAGGUGGCUGCGAUGGCGGCACAGGCGCAUGCUGUCCAGCAGCAACACCAGGCGCAGCAAGUGCAGCAGCAGGUGCACCUGCAACAGCAGGUACAGCAGGCGCAGCAGCACGCGCAGCAGCAGGCUCAACAGCAGGCACAGCAACAAGCACAGCAGCCGCAGACGCCAGGGUCUGGCCCACUGGCCACAAGCCACCUCGCCUCGGUCUCCUCCCUGCCUGGUCCCAUGGCCGCCACGCUUGCGGCUGCGGUGCAGGGGACCCCGCCAGCGCCGCUGGUGCCAAGCGCCGCCGAAUCAGCUUACCACGCCAUCGCGUCCAGCAUCGGCAUCUCAUCGGCCGGCGGCGGCCCCAUGGUCAUGCCCAUGCUGCUCGCGCCCCAGCCGUCACUGCAGGCGGCACCCUCACUGCAGCCAUCGCUGCAGUCUGUGCCAUCCAUGUCGCGCGUGCCGUCAGCCGCAGCGCUGGCCGGACUCACCUCGGUUGCAGAAUGGCCUGCGGGCGGCCCGGCCGGCGACGCUCCCAUAGCAGGCAUUGCGGCCGUGGCGGCAGGCCAGCAGGGCAUGCACGCUGCCACGCAGCAGCUGCAGGCGCAGGUGCAGCAGGCGCAGGCACACGCCCAUGCGCAGCAGCACGUGGAGCAGAUGGUGGCGGCCGCAGCUGCAGCUGCGGCAGUGCAGCAGCACUACCAGCAGCAGGCUGUGCAGGCGCACGCAGCAGUUGCUGCGCAGCAGCAGGCAGCAGCGGCUGUGGCCGUAGCGCAGGCUGCUGCUGUGGUGCAACAGCAGCAGCAACAGCAACAACAGCAGCAUCAAUUGCAACAGCAGCACCAGCAGCAGCUGGAGGAACAGCAGCAGCAGCAUCAGCAGCAGCAGCAGCAUCUGGUGGCCAUGGCGGCAGCGGUCGACGCCCUCAGCGCGUUCGGCGGUCAGGUGCCUGCGUCAGGCCCCAUGGGCCACUGGCAGGGCGAUCCUGAGGCGCAGGUGACUCAGUGGAGCUACGAGGUGCCACCACCGCCACCGCCACCACAGCAGCAGCAGCAGUCGCCGCUGGCUCCCCUUCCGCCGCUGCCGCCACAGCAGCCGCAGCAGCAGCCGCAGCAGCAGCAGCAGCAGCAGCAGCAGCAGCAGCAGCAGCAGCAGUGA